AGAAACUCCAUAAAAGCUGCGGAAAGGACUGAGAAGACCCGGCUGUUUUCAUAUGCUACAAAAGGUACCUCCACGAAAUUAGCAUUUCAAUAUUCGUGUACUUAACAAUUAUUCCUCGGUCUAUGAGGCUGAAGGCCGACUGGGCUAUUGACUCAGAGCCCAUUCGGGCUCUUGGAAUAAUUGUAUAUUAGUAACAUCCAACUAGUUCGUGAAAAAUAUCGAGACAAAACAACUUUAGCUAGCGAAACCCGAUCCAGCCACGAUUGUUUUCGUAUUCAAAGCUGGAGCUUUUCGCUACCAGAGGACUAUAACAUAUAACAUAUCGCCUAGUAGUAGCUCAACCAAUCAGAACGCAGGGAGUGGGGAACGCAGAAAGUGGGGAAGUUGGUUGUGACACAGGUGUUGCGAUUUCCCGCGCAUAAUGACGGGCGCCCUCUCUUCAAAUGAAAAUGGCGGGAAGUAAUAAUGCGCGGCGUCCGCCAGGCAGAAACGGCGGGAAAAUCUUUGUGGCGUGAUAUAAAUUUGGAGGCAUGGGAAAAAAUUUUCACGUGCCCCAAGUGAAAUGGCCAGUAAACACUCAGGUAUGGCUUCAUUUCUUAUACUUUUAUUACAGGCUGAACAACUACUAACGUCGUGGACUACAUUGAAUUCCGCGUUCCAGUGAAUUAAAUGAUUGAAGUGAUGUGUUUACCUUUUUUUAAAGUCUGAGUCAAUGAAAUGUGCAAUUUUAAAAUAUGGUUUCACUCCACAGGGCUCGUCCCUGAAGGGGGCGUUUUUCUCGGCGUCACAUUCCCGGAGAACUCCUCGUUAAUACAAAACUUCACCGCUACAUUGACUGAUGCGGCAGCUGACAAAGAACGAGCUAAAAAAAUGUACCUGGACACAUUAGCUCCAGGAACGGUAAGCCCUUCAGUUUUGUUAGGCGAACCCCAGGACGACGCUAAAAUUAACAUUUACAUACUUGGAUUAACAAAAUACACUGUGACAUAUGUUCCUGGUUUUGUUACUGUUUUUCUCUGUGCUCUUACUAUGCUCAUUUUCCGAAUUACAAGAAUUUUUUUAAGGGGAAAAUGGUUCAACCACGUCAGUCUUUCUUGUUUGGAAAAUGUCCAAAAUUUGGGCCGGUCAGACGACGGCAAACAGAGAAAAAAAAAGGGCCUAACGCUAUACGUAAACAACACAAGUAUCUGUAUGUAGACAACACCACCUUUAUCAGUCUCUCACCAGACAUAUCUUUUUAUUUAGAUAAAAUCCAUCGUUGAUGCCAGGCAACUCUAUCUAGCCUGGCAUAAAGAAGCA